GGGAGGGAGGCCCGCAAACCUCCGGCUUGCGCCGGGACCGCGCCGCGCCCCUGUCUCGCCUGCCUCGGCGGCCUGGGAGCGGCACGGGGGAGGGGAGCAAAGCGAAGCGAGCAUCGUGGUGCCGGUGCUUUGGGCGAGGGAGGAGGGGAGGCCAGAAGCGUUGGGGCCGCGGUAGGUCCGUGCUUUAGACCUCGUUUUCCGGAAUUAGAGCUUCCUGCUGGGCCGUCCCUGGCAGGGACUUCCUAUCCUGUGGCUUCAUGGUGGGGAAAUGGAGGAGCUCCCUUUCCGUGUUCCUGACAGAGCUUACGAGACUCUUCCAGAAGUGCAGAACCUCGGGGAGCGUUUUCAUAACGCUGAAGAAAUAUGAUGGGCGAACAAAGCCAGUGCCACGCAAAGGCCACACAGAAAGCUUUGAGCCAGCAGACAACAAAUGUCUCCUACGAGCAACCGAUGGGAAGAAGAAAAUUAGCACGGUGGUGAGCUCAAAAGAAGUAAAUAAGUUCCAGAUGGCAUAUUCAAAUUUGCUGAGAGCUAACAUGGAUGGCUUGAAGAAGAAAGACAAGAAAAGCAAAAACAAGAAGAGUAAAGCCACACAGUGAUGGAGCAGUGUCCUGCCAUCACCAUAAGGGACUUGACCCUUGCUCAAAGUCCAUUUCUUUUUGAGUUUCCACUUGUCUUUGGCUUCCAGCAGGACACUGGGCUGUGACCAGUAUCAGUUUUAAGGGAGCAGAAGGUGCUGUUUGUGGAUUGUUGUGUGGCAGGAGCAUUUCGCUGAACUAGCUUUGCAGCUGCUGGCCAGCUGGGUUUGUGCUGAGACUGCUGCUUGCUUUCUGUUGUACCAGUGGGCAGCAUAAACCUGUCUGAGGGGUAACAAGAGAUGCACCUAGCAGAAGUGAAGCAAGGCUGGAGGAGGGGUCUGUGACAGGUGCCCAGUUUUAUAGCUAAGAGCAGGAGGGCAAGUGGGUGCCAACAUUACCAGGAACAGCAGCCUUCCUGUUUCUGCCAUCUUCUGAGGUACCUGUCCACAUGAUACAGUGAAGCUACUCCCUGAGCUCCUCAAGAGCCAGGCAGCUGUACCCUCACUCCCUGCUGAUCCAGCUGUGCUGACCCUAGCUCAGGGUGGGGGGAGGGCAGGGCUCUGCAUCAUGGUCCCUUCAGACAGCACUUAAAAGUGCUCCUGUCACCUGAACUUAUUUUCUUAAAGCUUCAGCCUUGGGGAUUGAUCUCCCCAUACUUCACAUCUGAAAGAGCUCCUUUACCUGAGCAGGUGUAAAGGGUGAAUGCUGAACUGUUCCUAUUAAACACAAUGAGACAUGGA